AUGUGGCGCAAGCGCAAGUCUUCUUCUCCUGUAAUUAUAAACUCCACCGAUCAACACGGAAGACCAGAAACAAAGCAGGAUAUUAUUGUCAUCUCUAGUGGGGACGAAAACGACGAUAACAAUCCAAGUUCCAAUCUAGACGAGGACGAAUGGUACAUCAAUUGUAUUCUUGACGAGACAGAGUCACAGUAUCUUAUUGACUGGGAAGGGAAUUGGUCGCCGACUUGGGAACCCAAGGAGAACGCCAGCGAUCUUGCUAUUCAAACUUGGGAGGACAAGAAGAAACAAGUCUCCCUCGAGCCAAGUCGCUCUAUUGAAGUAGAACAGAUUGAAUCUUCCUCCCCACAACCCCAAAGUUGUGACCGGGAAGGGCAAGAUCCAAAACGCGAGGACUCUCCCCUAUUUAUUCCAGUUGAUACCGUAUUUGAAACGCCGCAGGUUGAGGUUGCCAGUCAGAUCUCAGACAGAUCUUUCAUAGAGCAAUCGUCAGAGCAAUCGCCAGAGCAAUCGCCAGAGCCAGCUAGAAUUGGAAGCAUUGACUCGGCAGCCUACUUUGAAUUGACCUCGCCAUCUCCACCUCCAUCUGACGUAUUUGGAUACACGUCCAAGCUUGCCAUUCCUGCAGAGUAUCAACUCCCUGAAGAAAUCCCAGAUACCUGCCCUACCCUGAACACACCAAAAAGUCUCAGAGAAGUUUCGCCUGUUAUUGACCGGCAAGGACCGAAUUCGCCAUCUCCACCUAUAUCGGACGUUUUUGGGUUAACGCCGAAAUUUGCUAUUCCUGCAGAGUAUCAACUUCCCGAGGAAAUCCCAAAUACCUGCACUACCCCGAACACUACGAAAAGUCCCAGAGAAGUUUCGCCUGUUAUUGACUGUCAAGUACCGAAAUCGGGCAGAGCACUAGCUUCCGAGCCGACCAGGGAUUCCGGAAGACCCAACUCUACUACGUUUCCAGCCAACCACACUCAGGAAGUGGAUGAAAUAGCUGAGACUCCUUCUAGUCCGUCAACCAUUCCUGAGAGCCAGUGGUCGCAAAUUCACGCCGAUUCAAAAGGCUCUCGCUCACAGCGCUCCAUUAGGACAAUCAGCUACCGGUCCGUCGUCAGCACCUUAGUCUCACAAGUUCACCACUCCGGUGAUCUGUCUUCAACAGGCGGUAGUACCAAUUUUAAAUCUGCGAAUUCAAUACCAGACUAUCCCGACAACAGAAUACUAAGCCAAGAGUCUCAACAUAUAUUGCAAAUCAUUUCGACAACUGAAGUCGCUGUUGAAGCCAUGGAUGGCGAAAAGGACGUCCAGUUAACCGACACCAUGGACAGGUUUAGCGAAGUUGAUAGCACACCAAGAGAAAAGAUGAAGAAUGCUUAUGCUCAGCUCACUGCCAGUCUCAGUACUCCAGUCUUCCAAGGUAACGAUGCGAGCGCUACACCAUCCUCUGCAGGGGAUAUUGAACCUUCGACUGCUGCUCCUAUGCCGGAAACGGCUGCGCCUCUGAGUGUCAGGGUGGAUAAAGAGCAUGAUGGCCACACGCAAACAGAAGCCACCUCAGCUGUCCCUGCACCGUCCGUGGAAGAACCUGGACUAGAAGUACCUCCGCAACAUGAUGUGCAAACCAUCCAGCCAAGCGCACUUACAGUCGAUCACAUGGAAGAGAUACUCCCGGGGUCGGUUCAUCUUGGGCCAUCAGAAUUUGCAGUAACACUCCCCAUGGACUCCCGAGUCAAGGAUGACUAUGAGCGAGUCUUAGCUAGUGAUUCGCAAAGUAUUAGCGAGUUCCUCAAGGUUUCGAGCUCCCAGGAUGAGGCUGCCGAGAACGAGGUGGGACGCCUUAAACUGAAGGUACAUGAUGUGCUCAAACAUUUGAGCAACGUUGCAACGCACCCCGAUCUGAACAUAAGUGUUCACAUCAAGGAGACAGGGUCAGAUAUGACGAAGGAAGCUGCAUGGGCAGAGUACUCCAGCGCCAAAUUUCUGCUCUUGGGCUACUUCGUACAGCUUGCGAGUAGCCGUGACAUCCACUUGGUGAUCUUCGUGCAUGGCGAGAAGACCCAAACGGUUGUCGAAAGCUAUCUGAUAGGAAAAGGUCUUACCUACACGCGGCCCCGCGAAGAGAUGGGGCCCGGGACCAACCUCGAAGUCUCCAUGGUCAAAGACUCCUUAAGUUUCGGGAUUCAGUCCCUUAGCAGUGAUGGGAUUAUGGAAACCUACAAAAGGCCCUCUGCAAUCAUCUCGCUGGACUCCUCUUUCAACGCAAAAAGCCCGUCGGUGGAGCAUAUGCGCACCACAUUCGCGCGAAAUGGACAGCUGCUGCCCGUGAUCCGGCUCAUUGUUGCAAACUCGAGUGAGCAUGUUGAGCUGUGUUUCCCUAGCCUUGAUCAAAUCCAGCAGCUACGAUUGGUCAUCCAGUAUACCGUACAUCUUCGUGAUCUGGUGGGCGACCUUCAGGACGACGCGCUUGGGGUACGCGAGGAUGUAGAGGAGAUUAUCCCUUGUCUCCUGUCAGAUAACUUCAACUCCCAUUGGUCAUUGCCCCAGGUUGAACCCUUACACAUUGUGAACCCAGAGCAACUGGUAUCACUUCCAGUAGGGAGCCAAGGUAAAACCGAUGCUGCGAGCGCGUCAAUUGCGCCUGCUACGAGUCAGAAACGUGCAUUUGUGGAAGAGAAUGAGGAGCAAGCCUCCAAAAGACUUAGAGCAGAUACAUCACAAGACGCAACUCAGCUCACCGAAUCCUCAAAAUUUCCCAGUCAGACGCUGGAUCGUGACAUUCAAGCAUUAGAGAAGAAUCUCCUGCAAAUGAGAACCUCGAAUGCAGCGGAACGUCAAAACCUUCAAGCAUCAUUAGAUGCGGUGAAAUCUCGCCUUCGGGCGGAAGAACAGGCUCAUGCAAAGCUCCAGCACCGCUAUGAAAGCCAGACCCGGGAUGCUCGCAAGACCCGAAAGGAGCGCGAUCAACUAUUCGAAGCCAAACUUGCUGCUGAGCAAAGAGUCGAAAAGCAGAAAGGAGAGCUUGUAAAACUGAAAGAUGAGCGUACUCAGCUAAGGCACGAUCUGGAAAAGGCCCGAGAAGAGAUAAAGGCUGGCGGCGGUAACCUGGCAGAGCUGGAGUCCGAACGGGAAAAAGUCCGUCGUCUGACCCAGGAAAACGCUGCCUUGCAGCGGAAGGCCGAACAAGAAAGCAAGCAAACGGAAUACACGCGCGAGCAGUAUCAAAAUGCAUCCAGCGUGGCCGCCCAAGCCGGAAACGAGAGUCGUCAACUCCGGGAGGAGAAUGAAGAAUUGAGACGAAAGGUGGCUGGCGACGUCACUCGACUGAAAGAGCUCAACCAGAAGAGUGAUGCAGAGCGGCAUCUAUCUCGCAUCGCCGAGCUAGAGGCCACCUUGUUAAAUCGCGACGACCUACUGCGCCGCAAAGAAGAAGAACUUCGAGAAAUCCGCAAAAACCGCCCAUCGACUCGAUCCACCAGCACGCAGCCCCGAAGUCCCAAGUUGGCUGCCGGUAGCCGCCCUACGAGCCCUGGAGUCAACAACAAUUACUCGACUUUUUCACGGGCCAGUAAUUUGAGGUUCAGCUCUGAAAGGCCCGUCUGA